AUGCCUCCUCGGAAGAAGACGCUUACAUCCUCCACAGGCGCUCGGAGACGAUCUUCUGGGAAUGCUACCGGAAAACCCACAGAAGAUCCACACGACACAGAAGCUCAAAAAAGGAGACAUGCGCAAAAAAGCAGACGAUCUGAUGACUUUGAGGCCCUCCUCGAACCAUUUUACUACGAUAAACACUUGACGGACCCAAUUAAUACCGAAAGAGAUAAAUGGAACCUAUUACCGGCAUUUCUCAAAGUGAAAGGUCUCGUCAAGCAGCAUAUUGACUCUUACAAUUACUUCGUUGAAGUCCAACUUAAGAAGAUUGUACAGUCCAGCGCAGAGAUUCGCAGUGACAUUGAUCCAAAGUUCUAUAUCAAAUUUCAUGACAUAUAUCUUGGAACACCUCGGCGAACCGAUGAAGAACAGUCAGGAAUAAAGGUCGAUUCCACAAUAACUCCAAACGAAUGUCGACUUCGGGAUAUGACCUAUGCUGCUCCUAUCUUGGUUGACUUCGAAUAUGUCCGUGGCCGUCAACGAGUUAAGCGAAACGGUACUGCGAUUGGCCGUAUGCCUGUCAUGCUCCGAAGUUCUAAGUGUGUGCUAUCAAAUAAGUCGGCACGGGAAAUGUAUACAUUACAUGAAUGUCCUCUUGACCCCGGCGGAUACUUUAUUGUUAACGGGACGGAGAAGGUCAUUUUGGUACAAGAGCAGCUGAGCAAAAACAGAGUUAUUGUCGAAACAGAUCCGAAGAAGGAAAUCGUACAGGCUUCAGUGACAAGUUCUUCACACGAACGAAAGUCCAAGAGCUAUAUUAUUAUGAAAAAGGGACGCAUCUACCUCCGACACAACGUUUUGAAUGACGAUAUUCCGAUUGUUAUUCUAUUGAAAGCCAUGGGAAUACAAUCCGAUAAGGAAAUGUUGCUGUUAGUUGCGGGGGUUGAUAUGGAAUACCAGGAAGACUUUGCCAUAAACUUCGAAGAAGCUGUCAAGUUGAGUAUAUACACCCAGCAACAGGCUCUUGAAUACUUGGGUGCGCGUAUCAAGAUCAAUCGGAAAGCUUCAGGCUUUGGGCCUGCACGCCGAAACUAUGUUGCAGAAGCUAUCGAGGCCAUAUCUUCUGUUAUAAUAUCCCACGUCCAAGUGCAAGAUAUGAACUUUCGGCCGAAAGCUCUCUACGUUACUCACAUGGCCCGGCGUGUGCUCAUGGCAAAACUUGACCCAAGCUUGGUGGAUGAUCGUGACUAUGUUGGCAACAAGCGGUUGGAGUUGGCUGGUCAGCUCCUGGCAUUGUUGUUUGAAGAUCUUUUCAAAAAAUUCUGUUUCGACAUCAAAAUGAACAUAGAUAAGGUCUUGAAGAAGCCAGUACGAACUGAAGCCUUCGAUGCCUACCCGGUCGUUGCUAUUCAUGGGAAUCAUAUCACCCAGGGAAUGAACCGUGCAAUUGCAACCGGUAACUGGAGCCUGAAACGUUUCCGAAUGGAGAGAGCCGGUGUCACCCAUGUUCUAAGCAGACUGAGUUACAUCGCUGCACUCGGCAUGAUGACCCGAAUAAGCAGUCAAUUCGAGAAGACACGCAAAGUUUCUGGUCCUCGUGCACUUCAACCCUCGCAGUUUGGUAUGCUCUGCACCUCAGAUACCCCGGAAGGUGAAGCGUGUGGGCUUGUAAAGAAUUUGGCACUCAUGACGCAUAUCACCACAAACGACGAAGAGGAACCUGUCCAGAAACUUGUCUUUACUCUUGGUGCAGAGGAUAUACAAACUGUUGGAGGCAGAGAAUGCUUCGGCCAGGGUGCUUAUAUUGUGUUCAUGAACGGAUCCCCGAUUGCUUUGACUAGGCGACCGAAAUAUUUCCUCAAUGCCUUCCGGCGUCUACGACGAAUGGGCAGGAUAUCGGAAUUCGUCAGUGUGUUCAUCAACCAUAACCAGAAAUGCGUCCAUGUUUCCACCGAUGAUGGUCGUAUUUGCCGCCCAUUGAUCAUUGUCGAAAAGAAACGAUCUAGGGUUACAGCUCGACAUUUAAGUGCUUUACGAAAUGGCACGAUGGAUUUCGACGAUUUCCUCUCUAAUGGGUUGGUGGAAUAUGUUGAUGUCAACGAAGAGAACGAUGCCAAUAUUGCUGUCUACGAGAGAGAGAUAGACGCAAACACAACACACCUAGAAAUCGAACCAUUUACAGUCCUAGGAGCCGUUGCAGGACUGAUACCUUACCCCCAUCACAACCAAUCUCCUCGAAAUACCUAUCAGUGUGCUAUGGGUAAACAAGCCAUAGGCGCGAUUGCUAAUAACCAAUUCCUUCGUAUCGAUUCUUUGCUCUAUGCCAUGGUAUACCCGCAGAAGCCGAUGGUGAAAACUCGAACCAUCGAGUUGACAAACUAUGACAAGCUCCCAGCAGGACAAAACGCAAUGGUUGCUGUGAUGAGUUACUCCGGGUAUGACAUUGAGGAUGCUCUCGUGUUGAAUAAGGGGUCGGUAGACCGUGGAUUUGGGCGCUGUCAGGUCUUCAGAAAGUAUUCGGCGAACCUCAAAAGUUAUUCGAAUGGGACGAAGGAUAGACUCGUUGGCCCGACGAGAGAGAACGGAGUAUCGAUCAGGAAACACGGUCUUCUGGACAAUGAUGGCCUGGCUGCAGUUGGAGAGAAAGUCAGUCCAGGAGAAGUAUAUAUAAAUAAGGAGACACCAGACAAUGCGCUUUCAUCCGGCAUCACUGGCUCUGAUGCAGGUUUACCCGUGAAGUAUAAUCCCACGCCUCAGACCUACAAACUCCCUGAUUAUAGCUACAUCGAUAAGGUGAUGAUAUCCACUACCGAAGGCGAGAGCCAGCUUAUCAAAGUUCAAACUCGGCAAACCCGACGGCCAGAAGUUGGUGACAAGUUUUCAUCUCGCCACGGACAGAAAGGUGUUGUAGGAAUCAUUGCGGAGCAGGCAGACAUGCCAUUUACGGACACAGGCUUGGUCCCUGAUAUCAUCAUGAAUCCUCAUGGUUUCCCGUCUCGAAUGACUGUGGGCAAGAUGUUGGAGCUCGUUGCAGGAAAGGCUGGCAUUAUUUCUGGCCAGUUUGGCUAUGGCACCCCUUUUGGUGGCAGCCCUGUCGAAGAGAUGUCUGCUAUCCUUGUGGACCACGGGUUCAGCUACGGUGGAAAGGAUUACUUGACCUCAGGCAUCACCGGGGAGCCCCUUACGUACUAUGUUUUUACCGGCCCGAUAUACUACCAGAAACUCAAGCAUAUGGUCCAAGAUAAAAUGCACUCACGUGCCCGUGGACCUCGCGCGACGCUUACCCGCCAGCCCACAGAAGGUCGAUCUCGAGAUGGAGGUCUCCGCCUAGGAGAAAUGGAGCGUGACUGUCUGAUUGCGUACGGUACAAGCCAGCUUCUCCUUGAGCGGUUGAUGAUAUCGUCCGAUCGUCAUGAGGUGGAUGUUUGUGAGAGCUGUGGAUUCAUGGGCUAUUCCGGUUGGUGUCAGCGCUGUAAGUCCUCCGUGGGGGUGGUGAAGAUGGUCAUACCAUAUGCGGCCAAGUUGCUUGUGCAGGAGCUUUUCAGCAUGAACGUCGUAGCGCGGUUAAGGCUGCAGGACGAGUUCCCUGAAGACCGAGGCAUGUAG